ACUCUACUGACACUUGUCAAAUGUCAGUGUGUUUAUGUUUGUAUAUUUAUUAUUGUUGUUUUGUUGAUUGCUGGUGCUAUUAUUUUAAUCAUAUUGAAAUAAAAUAAUAACAAAAUGUGAUUUGUUUCUUCAAUUCAUAUUGAAAGUAUUGGCCAAUUUACAAUGGCCUCAUUAUGGAUUGGUUCUGAAGUGGAUCUGUCGAUUUUAAGGCAAUGCAGAAUGGAUGAUAGAUUAGAAUUUAGACUGACCUGUUUACAUAAUAAUAAAAAGACCUCAUUUCAUGAUAAUGAUAACAUUGCUAACAGAAAGCAUGGAGAAUUCGAAGAAAGUAAAUCUUUUACCCAGUUUGAUGAACAAAGAAGAACAAGGAGGUCAGGAACUUGGCCGAGGACAAGAUCACUGAAUGCACCAUCUCCGGUCCAACAGUUCGGACCAUGUGGCCGUAUUAUGAAAAAUUCUUCCAUGGUCAUGACCAUACAAGACCCCGCUAGUCAAAGGCUGACAUGGUACAAACCACCACUCAGUGUUCUUGUGAUAAAAAAAGUUCGUGAUGUAAAUGUGUAUUUGCCUUUCAUCCAGCUCGUUAAAUGGUUAAUCGAGGAAAAACGGAUGGUGGUGUUUGUCGAGGCAGCCGUCAUGGACGAUACCAAGUUGGACCAUUAUAACUCGUUCACCACAAUCAAAGACAAACUGAUGACCUUCAGGGAUGGCAAGGAUGAACUGACGGACAAGAUCGACUUCAUCAUAUGCCUAGGCGGCGAUGGCACGCUGCUCUAUGCCAGUCAGUUGUUCCAGCAGUCUGUGCCGCCUGUGAUGGCCUUCCAUCUGGGAUCGUUAGGAUUCCUGACACCUUUUCGCUUCGACACUUUUCAGGAGCAAGUUAACAACGUCUUAGAAGGACAUGCCGCUUUAACGUUGAGGAGUCGAUUGAGGUGUAUCAUUAUGAAAAAAUGUGAUUCAAACCAAUUUAGCGAGAAAUCUAAACAAGCUGAUCUUCCGACAAAUAUGCUGGUACUGAAUGAAGUAGUCGUUGAUCGAGGACCAUCGCCGUAUUUGUCGAAUAUAGAUCUAUUUUUGGACGGGAAACACAUAACGUCUGUACAGGGCGACGGCCUAAUCGUGAGCACACCUACCGGGAGCACUGCUUAUGCGGUUGCAGCUGGAGCUUCUAUGAUACACCCUAGCGUUCCCGCCAUCAUGGUCACUCCCAUAUGUCCACAUUCUCUCAGCUUUAGACCUAUCGUGGUACCUGCUGGUGUGGAACUGAAAAUAUCAGUUUCACCUGAUAGCAGGAAUACUUCAUGGGUAUCAUUUGAUGGCAGGAUGAGGCAAGAAUUGGUUCAUGGUGACAGUUUGAGGGUAACUACUUCCAUCUAUCCCGUACCCAGUAUCUGCGCCCAGGAUCAAAUUUCCGAUUGGUUCGAUUCUCUGGCAGAAUGUCUCCAUUGGAAUGUGAGGAAAAGACAAAAACACCUAGAUGAACUGAACGACCUCACCCACUCAGGCUCAACUGAGACUUUGGACUCUUUAGAUAAAGAUUUGUUAGAGAAAGAGGGCAAAUUGUAAUAUUUUGUAUUGAACAGGGUUAAAAAUCUUAUUCAAAUAAGUUAGCAAUUGUAAAGAAAAAUACACAAAACAUCCAUGUAUAUACCAAAAUAGCGUUAAAAAUUUGUUACAAUUUUAAUAUUUCAAAUU